CUCUCCAGCCCAUCUUUGUUUCUAACAAAAGCCCAUCGUGUCAUCACCGACCAUUACCAACUCCACUCUUCUUCAGUACUCUUAGAUCGGGAGCUGCAGCGAACACUACGCUUCACCGCCGGCGAGACGUACCGUAGACAAAUGACAUCAUCUAACUUGAAGACGGUGAGAAUCCCACUUUCCACUUUAUUAGAAAAAGGACACUUAUCAUUACCCAUCAAGACAUCAGUUACAGUCACUACGAAGCUUAAAACAUCUAUUGUUCCUCUCCAGGUGAGAUUUGAGAAAGGACAUAAACCCUUAACAAAUGAAGGUUUAGCUGUUUCACGAAGAGAGAUGAUGCAAUGUUUAACCGCUGGAGUUUUUGGUGUUAUCCUUGUCCCAAAACCGGCAGAAGCUCGUAUGAGUAGAUUCGAAAUGAAGAAAAAGAUCAUGGAGAAGCUUGAGGAGCUUCGGGACUGAGAAAAAUGGGAUGAAGUCUCCAACACUGCCAUCACCAAAGGAUAAAAAUAACAAAUCACCAACUUUUCCACUUCCACUGCCACCUCCAGAAGGCACGGCUGGACCAUUGGUGCAAGCAAACAUUAAGAACACGGCUCCGCCUAGCAAUGCUUCAUGAUGUUCCGGGUAAAACGUUCGUUGAUGUUGUCAAAUACCCUGGAAUUUGUAACUUAAGACAAGUGGAAUUAUUGUUUAUUGCAAUAAGAGAUAAAUUUGACUUGA